GGUCAUCAUCAAAUAAAUAAACAAUAGCUGGAGAAAAGGAAGAAAGCAGCUUUAAUCCAGUGAAAGAUGAUUCUGGUGUUUUUGUAGGUGUUCAAUUUUGCUCCCAGCAGGAGGGGUGUCCAAAUAUCUUGUUACUUGUAUGGAAAUUCAUCAAUUUGAGGGUCAGAUCAGAGUAGAGUAGCUUAUGGACUUCCUUUUUGCAGCUUAGGCAUAGCCGAAAAUGCAAACCUCAGGGUAUCAAUUCUCACCAAGUAGUGUUCCUUCAUGUAGGAAAACAAUGACAGAUUUGAUUUCUGCUGUCUGGUUGCUCAUAAGUCUCCCAUGAUCACUACUGAUGUUCCUUGAAAAGCAUAGAUAUGGUACGUUGCAGGAAAGAAAUGACUUGAGUUAUUAGUUAUGAGAAUCACAAAGCAGAAAGAUGGCAAUAAAGAUAACGUGGUUGUUUUUGGGUUUAUAUUUUUUAAGUAAACUCUAUCUGCUCAGGGAAUGUGUUGCCUAGUGGUUUCACCAUGGUAAUGCAGGAGUUUUCACAACUUGUUUUACAGAUAAACGGGUUGUUGGCAAUAACUAGAGUGCUUUUGCUAUGAAGAGACUACAGACUGAAGCAUCUUUGUUCUUCGACAUCAGUAAUGCCACAGAUUCACUAGCCUCAACAAACUCAAAGGAUUACAGGGAAGCAGAUCACUCCUUGACAAUUACCAUGUCCUGCUGCAGUCUUAGUCAUGAACACUGGACAGUCUCUUUUGGUCAUGUCCACGUAGAAAUACUUUUGAAUUAUGGACACUGAUCCUUAGAUUGAAUGAGAUUACGGUGCUAAUUACCAUGCUUUUCUUAUAGACAAAGUAGGUGGGAGUCCAAGACUCUGAAUUCAAUAAUUUCUUGUUGCAACACUGAUAUUAAAGAAUAUUGAAGUCC